AUGACUAUUGAGGAACCAGAGCCAAACCUCAUCUCAGAUCACAUACUAGAUUGGUUAGAAGAUUCAGCAUCUUUCCUGCCUUCCUUCUUCGAUGAUCCUUCCAACUACAACUCCGGCGAUGUAAACGGCUGUCAAUGGUGGAAUCAAACUGAAGAAAUCUGCCAAGGUCUCAGCAGCACCACCAAUACCACCUUAAAUGCACCAAGUGAUCCCACAUCUUCCAAUCAUCAACAACCUUCCAAUUCUUCCAGAAAACGGGGAGCCACGGGUGACCCAGUUCCUAAAACAUCACAGAAUCAUCAUCAGGGGAAGAAGCAGAAUCAUCGGAUUCGGAUCAGCAAUGAAGAUCAAGAUGGUGAACAAGUAAUUGAAGUGGUGGCAGGGAAAAGAUCAUAUAGAAAAAACAAAGGAAAUAGUAAAAGCACAGGAAAUAACGGGAAUAACGGUAAUAACAAGGAAGGAAGAUGGGCAGAGGAUUUGCUUAACCCUUGUGCAGCUGCUAUCACCACCGGAAACUUUUCGCGUGUUCAACACUUUCUCUAUGUUCUCCAUGAGCUUGCUUCAUCCGCCGGAGAUGCUAACCACCGGCUAGCGUUUUUUGGCCUUCAAGCUUUGACUCACCACCUAUCAUCUUCAACAACCUCUGCCUCUGUCGGCCCUAUAUCUUUCACUUCCAUAGAGCCAAAGUUCUUUCAGCGAUCUUUACUCAAAUUCUAUGAGAUUAGUCCUUGGUUUUCAUUUCCUAAUAACAUUGCAAAUUCGUCGAUCCUUCAAAUUCUUGCUCAAGAACUAGAUCACAAGCAGAGUCUCCAUAUUCUUGAUAUUGGGGUCUCCCAUGGUGUUCAAUGGCCUACGCUUCUCGAGGCCUUAACUCGCCGACCUGGAGGACCUCCUCCUCUGGUACGCAUCACGGUCGUUACUGCCACCGUCGAAAAUGAUCAAAACACUGACACCCCAUUUUCAGUAGGUCCUCCGGGAGAUAAUUUUCCCCCAAGAUUACUCAAUUUUGCCAAGUCCAUGAACAUCAACUUGCAAAUCAAUAGACUUGAUAACAUCCCGUUACAAAAACUCAAUGGACAAAUCAUUAACACUAACCCCGAAGAAAUCUUAAUAGUUUGUGCUCAAUUCAGACUCCAUCAUCUAAAUCACAACAAUCCAGAUGAGAGAACCGAGUUCUUGAGGUUUCUGAGAGAUAUGGAGCCAAAAGGAGUGGUACUUAGUGAAAACAACGCAGAUUGCAGCUGCAACAGUUGUGGGGAUUUUGCAACAGGAUUUUCAAGAAGAGUGGAUUACUUAUGGAAGUUUUUGGACUCAACAAGCUCAGCUUUCAAAGGCAGAGAUAGUGAAGAAAGAAGAGUAAUGGAAGGAGAGGCAGCCAAGGCAUUAACGAAUCGUGGAGAGAUGAAUGAAGGGAAAGAAAGAUGGUGUGAAAGGAUGAGAAGGGUGGGGUUUGUAGGUGAGGUUUUUGGAGAGGAUGCCAUUGAUGGAGGUCGAGCAUUGUUAAGGAAGUAUGACAGUAACUGGGAGAUGAAAAUAGAAGAAAAAGAUGAGUGUGUUGGGUUAUGGUGGAAAGGGCAGCCUGUUUCUUUCUGUUCAUUAUGGAAGUUGGACAUGAAUAUGAAAGGGAAAUGAUAGUUUAGAACAGUUGCAGCUCUCCUGUCCUGUUUUGAGCUUUCAUAUGUAAAUUCGAGGAAGUAAAUAGAAAACUACGUCAAAAUUUGUUCUAA